AUGGAAAACUGUGGUUUGUGGCAAGAUAUUUCUGCAGCUAAAAAUUUAGUAUCAUUUAAUUCAGAUAGCCUAAUAUACGACCUGACCAAUAAUUAUGUUGAAUCUUAUAAUAGUAUUGUAGCUAAAUUCGUAGGUGGAAAAAGAAUCAAUUAUUCAUUGAGAGGGUCGUAUAAUACUAGGUGUAUGACAGCAGUAUCGGCAUUUAACUUUGGACCCGAAUAUAUACGAAAACUACAUAAAACAGCUACAAAAGAAAGCCCGGGGAAAUUCACCAAACGUUUUAUUUCCAAAUUGCAAAGGGUCAAAGAAGUUAAGUCGAAAACAAAGAAGAAGCUGACCUUUAGAUCAUCAGCCAAAUUAACUCGAUUUAAAAAUUUUACUGGGGCUGAUAAAGACUAUGGGGACCUAGAUGAAUUAGGUUGUGCUGCAUUGGAAAUUUCACCAGAAGAGUUGGAAGCCAAACGUGUAACUGUUUUGAAUAGUUUAAAACUUAAUCCCCAAGAAAUAUGUGUGCUAGAAAGGAACACAUUAGAUCAGGGUAAAUGUGAUACUUGGCAUAAAGAACGAAAACAUCGACUGACUGCUUCAAAUUUCGGUAGAGUAUGCAAACUCAGAAAAAGUACUCCUCGGACAAAUACUGUCAAGUAUAUACUGUACGCAGAAGAUUUAUCAUCAAGGACUCCAGCAAUGACAUACGGAAUACAAUAUGAACCAGUGGCUAAGGAAGCAUUUGAAUCUUUAUUCAAUGUUAAAGUUUUACCAGCUGGCUUAUUUGUUGACAAGCAAUUUAAUUUUCUAGCUGGUUCUCCAGACGGAUUGGUGGGAGAAAAUGAAAUAAUUGAAAUAAAAUGCCCACAUAAUAGUAAAGACAUGACACCGCACCAAGGAGUUGAGACUAAAAGAAUAAAAUUUUUAAAUAUGAAAAAUAAUGGUGAUCUGCAGAUGAAAAGAAACCAUAAUUACUACUACCAGAUUCAAGGACAGUUAAGAGUGGCCAAUAAACGCUCGUGUUAUUUUGUAGUUUGGACUCCUAAAGAUAUGUUCGUAGAAAUAAUAAUGCGCGAUGACGACUUCUGGAAAGAAAAAAAUGGAAACUCAAUUGGUUGA